CAGAUUGAAACGAAGUCGUUAAAUUUUGAAAUAACAUGAGAAAGAAUUGAAAUGAAAUGAAAUCAUGUUGAAUUCUGCAAAAAGUACCGCUAUUUUAGAACAUAAAAAAUGCUUCAUUCAUCUAUUAGUAAAGCUUGUAUCGUGCGUGUUUUAUUAUAAAAGCGUGUUUUAAAAUUGUUCAGAAUACUAGUGAAAAUUCACAAUUAGAUGAUCUGCUGCAAACUUUUAACUUAAUUGAAGUAAAACCUUAUUUAACAAGUAAGUAAUUGCAUUUAAUGAAUUUUUUAAGAUAAUUUGACUAAUGUGAGUAUCAUUUAUUUAUUUAGAUGCGCAAAUUACAUUUGAUAGCUUAAGGUAUUUAUCAAAGGAAGAUAUAAAGGAAGCCAUACCCCCUAUUGGUAUUCGUGCUUGUUUCCGAGAAAAACUUUUUAGUUGGAGAAAAACUGAGGUAUUAAACAUUAUUACAACUAUUUAGUUAAGAAUUAAUGAAUACUUUUAUUAAUGAAUCAGUACGGAAUUGAUGACGAAACAUUGUCUGAAGCGAUAGCCGAAAAAGUAGUUUCAUGGCUACAAAACCAAUCUAAUAUUGGAACAACAUCAACACCAACAUCAUCUUAUUCUCAAUCAGUUGGAAGUUGUAAGCUAUCUAAGAGUCUAAAGCAGAUUUUAGAAGAAAGUCUUAAGGGGAAAUCUUUAACAAGUUUUUAUAAACAAAACGAUAACUUGACUGAUUCAUUUCGUGCAGAAUUGAUUAAUAUAAUUUUGGAAGACAUAUUUUAUCAUGAAGCUAAGUUAUCACCGAAAGAUUUUCCAAUAAUAGUGGAUGAAAUUGUCAGCAACUUCCCCAGUGAGAUAAGAGUAAGUUUUUAA